AUGAAGAACCAGUUUUCAAAACACGAGAUUAAGUACAAGAUCAACACUCCAAUGUCAACGCCAUAUAAAUUUGUGAAUCAUUUAAAACUUGAAUUGGAUAAACAAAAGGGCCAAUCCUACCAUUAUCAAUUCCUUCAUCAAGAAAUCAAUCGUAACAUUGAACUUCAUUGUUCAUUACAUUCCAAAAAUGCGACACAUCUUACUGUUCCUAUUUACAUUAUUGAUAAUGGAUUAAUAGGUAAAGUGAAGGAAAUUGUGUCGUUAAAUUGGAAUUCAAUGAGCAAUGAAGUUACGUGUUACGUCUGUUAA